CUUUAACCAUUUCCUGCCACAUAGUAGACAUAUAGACAGACUAAGAUGACGUCGAACGAUGAUAAUUACCGGGCUGCGGUAUACACAAACGCGCUGAUCAUGAAGGAGGUCGUGCAGUACCUCGACAAACAAACGCUCGCCCGCCUCAGCCAGGCCGGCCGUCAGGGCUGGCAAUACGCGCUGCAGCCGCUGUGGCGGAUACUUCCAUUUAUCAGUGUGGGGCAGAUUGAGCGGUUUGGCACAGCUGCUGGCAACACUAUCAUGAUCAAAACACGAGGGUACGCGACGUACGGAGACCUAGUGCAUACCGUUGGCCUGUCCUUGCUCAGCGGCCGCUGGGAGAAGGUGAAGCCUGAGCACCUCAAAAUCAUUGUUGAGAAUUGCAAGCGGCUGAAGGAUUUGGACAUCAACCUGUGCUUGGCAAUUGGGCCCGAAUGGAUUGCGCAGAUAUUCCAGGCUAGCCCGACCACAUCCGCAUCGCUGACUUCGCUAAACUUGACUGAAGUUGCUGUCAAUGAUAUCUGGCUAAUAGAUAUUCUGAAGGCUACGCCGAAUCUCAAAAGCCUGGAGAUCGGUGAAACUGAUGUCACCAACAGAUCGCUGCAGUACAUUGGCGAGUCUAUGAAGGCUCUCGAGUACAUUGAAAUGCGCGACUGCCUUGGAAAUCGAUGACAAUGGAGUUGCUGCGCUUAUUAGUGGAUGCACGUCAUUAAAGUACAUCGGUGCGAAUAACUGUCCGUAUGUGGAAAACCACGCUGCUAUCAAUGAGGUCAACGAGCGCGGCGAGUGGGAGGAUAUCGAGGAGUAUGUGAGUGACGACUUGACCGAAGAGUUCGAUGAAGACGAUAUCGAAGAGGUAAUUGAAGAGUUUGACAACGG